AUGAGAAUUUCCUUCACUGUCACAGUAUUUGCUCUUCUAAACGGAUGCGCCGUUCAAGGCUUUACGACGGCGCCAAGGAGAUCCUCCUCGUCUCGCACCGUUUCGUCGUUGUCGUCAGCUCCUAGCGAAGAAGAUCAAGCCAAACGCAUGCAAGAAAUACUAGCCGAAGAGGCCAACAAUAAAACAAACAUGAAGGCAGCAGCUCAAGCAAUGAAGAACAUCAAGCCAGAGGAUAUGAACCGAAUGCUUGAGGAAAUGGAAAACAUGAAUCCCCUGCAACAGGGUGCUCUGAAGGCAAUGGGAAUGGAUCCAGCAAUGAUGAAGAAGACCAUGGAAAUGAUGAGAGACAACCCAAAAAUGGUUGAGUCAGCUCAGAAGCUUAUGGAAAACAUGUCACCCGCUGAACUCUUGGAGCAAAGCCAGGCUGCCCAAAAGCGAAUGGCUAAUAUGACCCCUGAAGCUUUGGAAGAAACUAGUAAAGCUAUCGGUGAGAUCCCCCAGGAACAGCUGGAUCAAGCAGUUGGGAUAAUGAAGGAACAGCAAGUACUAAAAUCUGAAGAGACAGCUGUUCCGUCAGUCGGACCAACAUCGGAUGAUAACGAAGUUAUUGACAGCAUGUUCAAGGUGGCCGAGCUAAUGUCGGAACCAGCUACAGGUGGAUGUACCUUCGCUGGAUUUGCUUCGUUGCCUGUGAUCCAAAUGCUUUCUGGUGACCGUGAAUUUGAUCUCUCACCAAAGGAACUUCGAGAAUGCUGGGCGGACGGUGCAUUGGGUGCAUCUCGAGUUGAUCGCGAAGGUUUUGAACGAGUAUGGAAGGAAGUCCAAGACUACUUUGAAGAUGACAUUAUGGGAGAAGCACGAAAAGAGGCCAAGAAGAGAGUCCAAAAGAAAGCUCGACCAACUGAGGCAAGCUCCGCGUCCGCCCCCACUCCCACAACUACUAUUGGCGAAGGCUUGAACCCGGACCAAAUUAAGGGCAUCAAUGAGAAAGUGAAGAACCUGUCGGAUAAUGAAGUAGAUGCCGUCCUUGACCAAAUGGACAAGAUGGGACCAGCUGAAGAAGCCCGUAUGAAGGCCAUGGGCGUGGAUCCAUCGAUCAUGAAGAAAACAGCGGAAAUGAUGAAGAGUAAUCCGAUGAUGCGCAAGGCAGCUCAAGAAAUGAUGAAGAACAUGUCGCCAGAGCAAAUGCUUGAAGCAAGUAAGCAAGCCCAACAGCAAAUGCAAGGAAUGUCAAAAGAAGACAUUGAAAAGGCGAUGGAUCUAAACAGAAAAAAAUAG